AUGUCGCAGAACGAGAAAUUAUUUUCUAUAUGGUUCUCAGCAUUUGGUUCAGCAAGACACAAGCUUCUUGCUAUUAGACAAGAAGGAAGUGAGGAAGUAAAACGAAAGGGAAUUAUUAUUGACAGAAAUAUACUACGUAAUACUUAUCUUAAAUUCUGUGAAGAAGAACCAAAAGUUUCGGUUAAUCACCGUUUGAUCGACGGAAAAAUCGAAGCUUACGAAAUGCCUCUCGACCCUCACGGACUGGUACAUGGAGAAUUGAAUCUUAUAAUGGGAAACUGGAGUAGACAAAGUGUCUGUCGUCCUGAUAUUUGUGUUCGACCAUUGAAUCGCCAUCAACCUCAAUCCUUACGAGCAGUCAAUUCAUCAGGAAAUCCAUACCCUACUCUGGUGGUUGAGAUUGGCAAUACUGAAACCAUUAAGUUGUACCCAACUCGCCAGGAUGGUACUUUUGCGCUUCUUGCACUACUUUACUUACGUAACAAUCAAAAUCCAACAAUACUUGUAAUUGCGAAGUCUUUCGGAACAGCACCUCUUAGUGAUAUCUCGCGAACAUAUCUUCUAAAUACUAUACGCGUUCCAGCCAAUAUGAUUACUGGUGUCGAUGACGAUUUUGGCGGGAUUCGUUGUGAUCAUGCCAAUAUGCCAGAAUAUCAAAUUUAUAUUCCUACCAUAUUACUUUUUAACGAUGUUCCUGGCUGUGUUCCCGGUGAUGUACCCAAUAACUUUAUUAUAGAUCUAUGGAGAUUGCAAGAUGCAAUUCUUACAAUAUCAUGA